GUUUAACAGUGACAUUGCACCAUCUGCAGAGACAGGAGGUUGGUCGAGUGCUGGAUGUCUGAUUUUAUUUUAUUGGUUUAAUUUCUAACGAGGAAUAAGCACCAGAAAAUCCAUGGCGGACCUCACUCAGUUCACAAAAAGAUAUAUGCAGCAACUACCUUUCCUCAUCCUCUUGAACCUGGCUGGGUUAUACUUUUCAGCAGCUCUUCCACCAACGAAAGCUCCAAUUUUUGAUAAGCCGUUUGUGGUCAUUUGGAAUGCUCCCAUUGACAAAUGCUAUAAACUGCAGAUCCCCCUGGACUUGGGUGUGUUUCAUGCCAUCACCACACCUCAGCAGGUGCCUGACCAAGUCCUGACCCUCAUGUAUAGUAGCAGAUUGGGGCUUUUUCCUUAUAUUGACCUCUACAAUUUCACACAGUACAAUGGAGGCAUUCCACAAAAGGGAAACUUAACUGCCAGUCUGCAGAAAGCUAAAAAAGAGUUCAACCAGUACAUUCCAUCAUCUGCACCUGGCCUGGCUGUCCUUGACUGGGAGGAGUGGUUUCCUUUGUUUGAUCGAAAUGCUGCCGUAAGAGAGAUCUAUAAGGCAGUGUCCAUAAACUACACCCUUCAGCAGAAUCCCUCCCUUACAAGCAACCAAGCUACAUUUAUAGCCAAAGAGCAAUUUGAGAAAGCAGCCAGAAGUUUCUUGGAAGAAACAUUGCAGUUAGGAAUCUCACAAAGACCAAAUAUUCUCUGGGGCUUUUAUUUGUUCCCUGACUGCUACAACUAUGAUUUUUUGAACCCAAACUACACAGGAAAAUGUCCUCAGAGUGCAAAUAUAGUAAAUGACAAACUUCAGUGGUUGUGGCAGGCAAGUACUGCAUUCUUUCCAUCAGCAUACAUGCCACUUUCUGUAAGUAAAACCCAGAAAGCAGCUCUGUUUGUUCGACACAAGGUGCUAGAAGCAAUGAGAGUGGCAGAGUCGUUAGACCGGCCCUACAUUGCUCCCAUUUAUUUGUAUCUGCAACUCCUUUUGCGGGAUCAAAAGGGCAUGUACAAGUCAGAGGCUGACCUGAUUCGGAGUAUUGGCGAGAGUGCAGCUCUGGGAGCCGCUGGAUGUUUACUGUGGGGCUCUAGCUAUUAUUUUAAAGACACGGAAUCAUGCGCAUCCCUUUCUACAUACUUGUCUAACACAGUAAAUAAGUAUGUUGUCAAUGUUACAACUGCAGCUGAACUGUGCAGUGAUGUGCUGUGUCAGGGUAAUGGCCGAUGUGUCCGUCAAAGCUAUGAUUCAGAUGACUACCUACACCUCAACAUAAACAGCUUUGUUAUAGAGAAGAUUGAUGGAAUGUAUAAAGCCUUUGGGCAACUUUCCAGUGAUGACCUCAUCGACUGGGCUAACAAGUUCACCUGUCAGUGCUAUGAGGACAGAAAAUGCAUGGCUUAAUUUGAAUCUUUUAUCCAGCAAAAGUAUCAUUCAUAAAAUUGAUGACAAUUGACAUUUUUCUACACUGCAAAACUUUGCUGUUUGAUUAUAACUUCUCUUCAGAUGAUUAAUAUAAGAAAACCUUUCAGAACAUUCCUUUCUACCAUUUAUAUAUAUUUACACAGGUUUCUUAUUUCUUGGUACUGUAUUGCUUGAACAAGUAAAAGCUCUGAAACAGAUACACACUUUCAUUUGUCCUGUUCUUUGGCAUGUUAACAUUUGCCACACACUCUCUCUAGAAGACUAAAUAACUGUAAUGUUGUUUCAUGUCAUGCUUCCUCCAGAGUGCUCAUAAUCUUCAAACUGACCUUGGUGUCAAAAUAAUUCAUACUUGAUAUUCUCUCUCGCUCUCUAUCUAUCUAUGAAGUAGGCUUUGUUGCCUUUUUUAUUAUUGAUGGUGUUUACAAUUAGUCACACUAACUCAGGACAACAUUAACUGUGAAUUAUUGUGAAUUUUUAAGAAUCUCUAUUGAUGGUUAAAUGAAGUGGAGCACAAAAACCUGCAUACUCAUCAUCUUACAGCUUUUUCCAACCGCUAACAACCAUCUGUCAAUACUAAAACCACUUUUUCAAAACUGUUUAUACAGUCUGCAUUAUCAACAUGACUCUUGGCCAAACAGUUAAUCUCCCUGUUCGACCUUAACACUGGCAAGAAUUCUCACUCAGAAAGCAAACAUUGUCACCCAUAACACUGAUAACAGUGAGCAUUACAGUACAUAAAUGAUGAAAUUUUGUCUUUGAAGUUUGAAUGUUUUUCACAUAAAUCAAUAUUUCAUUAUAGAAUAAGAAUAACACCUUUUCACUUCAUUGAAACUAAAGUGUAUGUAACAAGAAUAAAAUAAUAAAUGCAGCAGUUUGCUUCAA